AUGGGCGAAACCGAAUCGUCCACGCCUCGCUCCACCGCCGAACCACAGCUCAAGGCGGCCAAGGACAAGAACUGUCCCUUUUGCGGCCAGGCCUUCACCUCGUCCAGCCUGGGACGCCAUCUGGACCUGUACAUCCGCCCCAAGAAUCCAAAGGCGCCCGAUGGCGUGCACAAUGUCGACGAGAUACGGAAGCUGCGAGGCGGCAUCACACGGCGGCAGGCCAAGGGCAGCGUGUCAACACCGCGGAGAGAUGACAGCGGCACGAGCACGCCCGCGAACAAGAAGCGCAUAACGAGCGAGGAUUCGGUCCUUGUGCAGAGCCCGGAAGACGACGAUGAGCCGCUCGAGGUGGGCAAGACGAGGGGGCAGUUCAAGGAUGUCAGCUGGGGAAGCGGCCACCGGCCCUCACGACUCAACACCAAAACACCAGACCCUCGCCGGGACGUAUCGCGGCAGUCGCGAAAGGCCGAGCUGGACCAGAGGCAGAAGUCGAAUGAGGAGACUGAGAUUGCGAGUGCCACCGAGAUGGCGCUGCGGGAGCUGCUGAAGAGCGUGCGAGAAGCGAACGCAAAAGCAUCCGGCUCCGGCCUCUUCGAAUUCGACCCUUACACCCAGAGCUUCCCCUCGCUGUGCCUCCAGAUCCUCCCCGCGCCCUCUACCCUCUUCUCCCCCACGCCCUUUCCCACGUCCGAGUCAUGGUCCAUCACCCCGCCGGGACAGAAGCAGUUCGAAGCGCUGAAUAAGCAGGUCCGCGAGCGUCUGCUUGCCUACCAGCGCCAGCGCCAGAUCAACCAGGUCUAUCCCUCGGGCUCACACUCUUCCGCUCCUUCCACCACCACCUCGCCCCUGCCCACCCCGCCGCUCUUCGACCACGACCCACAACGCCUCUUUGGCCACAUUGCAGACGCCUUCCACCACUGGACACAGCAGUCAGAUAAGACGAGGCAGGAGUGCUGGCAGGUCGAGAUACUGCGCUGCUAUGCCCGCGCCGACGACAGGCGACGGGAAGCCGAGGUGCAGCUGGGGAAUGCACGCAGGGAGAUUGAAUACCUGAAAGCCAGCCGCUGGACCUCAGGUGCCCCCGAUGUAUCGCCCAUCAGCAUCAACCUUGGUACCGACACGGCCAGAGAGCUUGCCAAGCACGGCAUGGACUAUCGCAACUGGGACUACGACCGCCUCAUCGACAAGUGGCGGACCGCUAUACGCGAGAACAGGGCCUCGGUCUCCGGUAUGGGCGCGCAAAAGCCAUUGCCCGGUGGUACCAGUACCAGAAGCUGCUCCAUGGCUAGCAUCCCACCACAAUUCGCUACUGUGAACCAGCCCAGGCAAGGCAGCCCAAUCAAGGUUGAGUCCAACAUGCCCUUUAGCGCGCCGCCCACCGUAUGUGGUGAUGGAGACUGCGAUCAGGUUGAUGCGGAAGGCGACGAUGACGACGACGACAUUGACCUGACGCCCCAAACAAUUGAGGAGGAUGACUCGAUGCAUCAGAUGCAGCAUCAGGCCCAGCAACAGGCCUUGCAUCACCCCCAGCCCCAACAUCACCACGGAGCACCCCUCCAGCCCACCCCGCCACAUCCUUCGCAACAGUUUCAGCCACACAUGCAACCUACCCAGCACAUCACGCAGGCCCAGAUUGCUCAAGCGCAGGCUCAAGCCCAAGCAUGGGCAGCCGCACGCCAGCACAUGAACCAGUCGCGCAACCAAGACUUCCGGCCCCACCAGCAGCACCAGCUCUCGCCCCAUGUGCAGCACGUCGGCUCAGCUGACAGCAGUCGCCGAGAAUCGCUAGCCAUGAUGGACCCCCACGCCAUGAACCAAAAUAACAUGAGCGGCAUGGGCAACUCCAUGGGCAUGUCAAGCGGCAUGGACGGUCUCGACAGCCACCAAGACCAAUUCAUGCGCAUGGACAUGGGCAUGUCAACGGGCUUUGUCGGCUCCAACGACCCCAGCGUCUCGAUGGGUUGA